CGGCAGUGGCCACUCGCCCCCUGGCUGCUGCCCUGCCUGCCUGCUACCUGCUGCCCGCCAGCCCCGUCCAACACCACCAUGGUGAGACUCGUGCUGCCCAACCCGGGCCUGGAGGACCGCAUCCCGUCCCUGGGCGAGCUGGACGCCCUGGAGGCCUCGGAGGCCUCAUCGCGGCCCAAGUGGGACAACAAGGCCCAGUACAUGCUGACCUGCGUGGGCUUCUGCGUCGGGCUGGGCAACGUCUGGCGGUUCCCUUACCUGUGCCAGAGCCACGGAGGAGGAGCCUUCAUGAUCCCCUUCCUGAUCCUGCUGGUGGUGGAGGGCAUCCCGCUGCUGCACAUGGAGUUCGCCAUUGGGCAGAGGCUGCGCAAGGGGAGCGUGGGCGUCUGGAGCUCCAUCCACCCCGCCCUGAAGGGCCUCGGACCGCCGCCGGCUGUCCCGCCAGGCUUCGUGGACGAGUGCGAGCGGAGCUCCCCGGUGGACUACUACUGGUACCGCGAGACACUCAACAUCUCCACCUCCAUCGACGAGUCGGGCUCCAUCCAGUGGUGGAUCCUGCUCUGCCUGACGUGUGCCUGGAGCGUGCUCUAUGUGUGCACCAUCCGCGGCAUCGAGACCACCGGCAAGGCUGUGUACAUCACCUCCACGCUGCCCUACGUCGUCUUGACCAUCUUCCUCAUCCGAGGCUUGACCCUGAAAGGAGCCACCAGCGGCAUCGUCUUUCUCUUCACGCCCAACGUCACGGAGCUGGCCAACCCUGUCACCUGGCUGGACGCGGGGGCACAGGUGUUCUACUCCUUCUCACUGGCCUUCGGGGGGCUCAUCUCCUUCUCAAGCUACAACUCCGUGCACAACAACUGCGAGAUGGACUCUGUGAUCGUGUCCAUCAUCAACGGCUUCACGUCAGUCUACGCAGCCACCGUGGUCUACUCCAUCAUUGGCUUCCGAGCCACCGAACGCUAUGACGAGUGCUUCGAUCGGAAUAUCCUGACCCUCAUGAACGCGUUCGACCUGCCCGAAGGCAACGUGACCCAGGACAACUUCAUGCAGAUGCAGGAGUAUUACAACGCCACCUACCCCACGGAGUUCAGCCAGCUGACCUUCCAGACCUGCGACAUGAACACCUUCCUCUCAGAAGGCGUGGAGGGCACCGGGCUGGCCUUCAUCGUCUUCACAGAAGCCAUCACCAAGAUGCCCGUGUCCCCGCUGUGGUCCGUGCUGUUCUUCAUCAUGCUCUUCUGCCUCGGCCUCUCGUCCAUGUUUGGGAACAUGGAGGGCGUGGUGGUGCCCCUGCAGGACCUCAAGAUCAUCCCCCCCAAGUGGCCGAAGGAGCUGCUCACAGGCCUGAUUUGCCUGGGGACCUACCUCAUCGCCUUCAUCUUCACACUGAACUCGGGCCAGUACUGGCUCUCGUUGCUGGACAGCUAUGCCGGCUCCAUCCCUCUGCUGGUCAUAGCCUUCUGCGAGAUGUUCGCGGUCGUGUAUGUGUAUGGCGUGGACAGGUUUAACAAGGACAUCGAGUUCAUGAUCGGCCACAAGCCCAAUAUCUUCUGGCAAGUCAUGUGGAGAGUGAUCAGCCCACUGCUUAUGCUGGUCAUCUUCCUCUUCUUCUUCGUGGUCAAGGUCAACGAGGAGCUGAUAUACAGCGUCUGGGACCCCAACUACUCGGAAUUCCCGAAGUCGGAGAAAACCACCUAUCCCAACUGGGUGUACGCCGUGGUGGUCAUCGUGGCUGGGGUGCCCUGCCUCACCAUCCCCGGCUUCGCCGUCUACAAACUGAUCCGCAGCCGCUGCGGGCGGCACGAAGACCAGCGGGGGCUGGUCAGUGGCCCGUCCCUGCCCUCAGUGAAUGGAGACCUCAAGAACUGAGCGGGCGUCCAGCCCCAGGCACUGUGAGGAAGGGGCUGCCAGCAGGACACAGAGUGGCUGCCGGAAGUGCACACACAUCUCUGCGUGCACGUGCAAUCUGUGUGUGUGGGUGCUGAAUGUGCGUGGUGUACACAAGUGUGCGUGCUGUAUGUAUGUGCGUGUACAUGUGUGGGGUGUUUGGGUACAUAUGUGUGCGCAUGCAUCUGUAUCAUGUGACAUGCGCACACACAUAUGUGAGCACAUGUGUUUGAGUGUUGUGUGCACCUACAUCUGCAUAGGUACAGGUGCAUGUAAACGUAUGUUGGGAGUAUUGUGUGGUGUGUGUAUGCAUGUGUGUGUUCGUGUGUGUACACAUAAGAUGCAUGCUGUAUGUGUGUAUAACGGUGUGUUUAGAUGCCUGUGCUUGAGUGUGCAUUAUGUGAUUCAUACACAUACACGUGCACAUGUCUAUUUGAGCGUUAUGUGCGUGUGCACAUGCAUGUGUAUGUGUAGAUGUGUGUGCAAAUAUAUUUGGUAUGUGGCAUGGUGUGUGCAUAUGUGUGCAUGUGUAUACACAUCAUGUGAUGUGUGUGUAAAGGCGUGUUGUGUGCACAUAAAACAUGGAGUGUGUUUGCAUAUGCGUGCAUGUUCUCCUGUGUGCUGCCCUCUUCUCGGACCGGUGGGGAUGCACACUGCCUCCCCUGGGAGCACACCUGUCUGGCUGUCCCCCUGAGGUGCUCCAUGGGAAAGCCAGCAGUUGGAGCAAGCAUCGGAAGGUGGUGUCUGAGGUGUUUCUUGCCCAAAGACACCUUCACACCUCCCUUCCCGCACCCCAUCCCCGG